AUGUUUAAAUCCCUUUUCAGCCGCAGGAAGUCCAAGAAUUCAGAUUCCUCUAUCGAUUCACCAUCUGCUAUGUCUACUCCAAUAAACGGAUCCAAAUCUCCCUCUGUCAGGCUGAGACCCCAAGUUGAAGAGCUUGAGCAAGUUUUCAAGAAAUUCGACGUCAACGGCGAUGGAAAGAUCUCCUCAGCUGAACUGGGCUCGAUCAUGGCAAGCCUGGGUUAUGAAGCAACAGAAGAUGAGCUGCAAACUAUGAUAACAGAAUUCGACGCCGACGGUGAUGGGUUCAUUGAUUUGCAAGAAUUCGUGGCACUAAACACACAUGGGGUGGAUACGAAUGAGGUAAUGGAGAAUCUAAAGGAUGCUUUCUCUGUUUACGACAUUGAUGGAAAUGGGUCUAUUUCUGCAGAGGAAUUGCAUAAGGUUAUGGCCAGUUUGGGGGAGCCUUGUUCAAUGGCUGAGUGCAGGAAGAUGAUUAGUGGGGUUGAUAGUGAUGGCGAUGGGAUGAUUGAUUUUGAGGAGUUUAAGGUGAUGAUGAUGAUGGGUGCUAGGUGGGAUUCCAUGGAUGCUAUUAAAGGAAUUGGGGGUUAG